AGGCUUAGUGGUACGAUCCGUCUGUCUCUCUCUGUGUCGCAAGCAUGUUGUAAAGAAUCGCAGAGCGUACAUGUGAGGAACUGCAGUGGCUUUUUUGUUUACAAACAAAUCAUGGAUUCAAGUUUAAGCUUUAAUUUUCGAGUUUGUGGCGCUGGUAUUGAAGGUUCAUUGCCAUCGAACAAAGCACCAAGCAAGAAUAAUUCAGGCGAUGAGUGUACCAACUAUAACACACUCAACGAACGGGACCGAGCAGCAGACUUCUUCAGUUACAACACCAUAAAGUGUGACGCUCAAUUACCCAAUGGUUGGUACAGGAUGGCUGGUCGUGCAGGGACUGUUAUGCCGACACAUUGUGUGCCCAGAAUGCAUUGUGGUACUCUUUCACCUGGCUGGUUAAAUGGCAAACAUCCGACUGUGGGGGAGGGUGUGGUGAAACGCAUGGUUUGUUUUACGAAGGAUAGGGAAUGUUGUCAUUGGUAUAGUCUGGUGUUGGUGAGAAACUGCAGUGGAUUUAUUGUGUACAAAUUUGGACAGUUUCCUAAAAGUGUAGACUCUUACAGUCUGCGAUACUGUGGAGCUGGAGAAGCUAGCUGCAGAGACAAAGAGGGAAAUAUUUAUGACGUAGGGCAGAGCUGGAACCCAAAUCCUCUGCUCAUAUGUACAUGUAAACCUAAUCUUAAUGUCAAAUGCCAAACAACUGGAUAUGGCUGCUGGGAUUUUCAUGGCAACGCAUUUCUUAAUGGGAAAGAGUGGCUUAGCGACAGCAUGACUAAGUGCGCCUGUAGCAAUGGACUGAUAACCUGUACCAAGCUCUCUCGGCCAGCGUGCACCGAUGAGAAAGGUAUGGUGCGGGAACAUGGUACCCACUGGUUUUCAGGAGCCUGUUUCAAUUGCUCAUGCGUGGAUAGUUUAAUCAGCUGUGUGAAGUAUCGCGUGACCAUCCAUUAUGGGUUAUUCCAAGUUGAGACAGUUGGAAAAUGUAUGCCGUGCCAACAACCAAGAGACGAUAUUUUACCAACUGGAGAUGGGACAGUCAGUGCUUGCCAGGCCUUCUUUCAGCUCCAGGACUCGAAUCAGAUAUUCGGUUGUUCCAAUGGCGACUUCGUAAAGAAAGAACACGUGUGUAAUGUAGUCGCCGAGUGUCCGGACGCUUCCGAUGAGGUGCAAUGCCAUGAUGUUAUUUGUCGCGAUGAGGAAGGGCAGGUUCUAAUUCUGAAAGAUGUUUGGAAGGUGUCCGAUUGUAUGAAUUGCGAGUGCACGCAGGGUCUUCUAAAAUGCAAGAGGACACUUGAAGUCAACUUCCCAGGCAAUCGCCUUGAAUACACACCGUUCACUGAGUCCUGUGAACAACCAGAGUGUAACACCGUGGAGUUUCUUAAAGCCAGGAGAGAAACAUGUGAAGCAAUUGAAACUGUCGAAGGUGGCCACAUUUUGCUAAAAGGAGACAGCUGGGAGUACCAAGGGUGCCAGUUCCUCUUUCCCGGAUACAAGCCGACCAAGGGGUGCCCACAAAUGUCUCCAUUAUUCUGUCAUAUUCACAAUGGAGCAGUCUGUUAUGCUAAAGAAUGCCCAGCACUCCCACAGCUUGCAAGUCAGGUGCGCUGGGGUAUGAAGCUGUGUCCUGGAGGACUCCAAUUGAUAACCAGUGAUGAUCAGUGUGGCAUACUCGAUCCGAACUGCCUGCUGGGAAACGGCUCCUGUAAAAUGGAUGCGUUGUGUCAGGACGAGGACGCAAAUACAUAUUUCGAUGGAAGCACCUGGUCUGUUGGUGAAUGCAUCAACUGUAAUUGUAGCAACGGUGUAAUCUCGUGUUCUAGGACGCUGUCAGUUAUUACAUCCAAUGAAAAGAACGUUGAACGCUGUAGUCAACCAGAUUGUAACGUAGCGGCGUUUGUAAAAAGAAUCAGAGGAAUCUGUAAAGCUUGCAUUUGGAAGAACCAAACCUAUCUGGAUGGUCACCACUGGACAGAGAAUGGAGUUGACUUCUUUUGCAGCUCGGAGCAAGAGAGAGUGAGGCCUGGAUGCUACAUGGAAAUAGGUCACGUGCGAUGUACAGGGGCUUUUACAGAAAUACGAAACUUAUCACUCAUAUCUGACGAAAGGUUGUACCUCUGUACGAGCGGAGAUGAGAUAAGAUCACUUAACGACAGAUGUAAUCAGAAAGCAGAUUGCAGAGACAAGUCUGACGAGAAAAAUUGCAUUCAGUAUUUCUGUCCAUUUCACACGAAGUUCAAUCUCUACUGGGAAAGAACUGCCUUGGAUGAGACUGUUGUAAGGAACUGUUCAGAGGUGGAUCCAGAAUUGGGAGGAAAUUUCACGAACAGUUGUUCUUCACCAUGUGGCGAGAAAACAGAGUGGAGAUACAAAGAAAGCUGUUUUUGCGAAAAAGAAUGUCUUCGUCAAGACUUCAGUCAUAAACUAUCCAUAGUGAAUCUAACAAACAUUUUGGAACUAACAAGAGGAUUUGUGGACAAGGCCACUGACUUUACAAACAAAGAACUGUUCUUUAAUUAUCUGAGUCACUGGUUUCAAACUGGAGCUCUUCUGCUCAAUCCUGUUAACCAUUCCAAUGAUAUGGUGACGCUCAAUUUCUUGAAGGUCAUAUUCCAAAGAACUCAAAACGAAAGUGUUUUCAAGCCUCGGUCAGAUUUCUUUUGUCCAAACCAAGUGACGUCCUCGCAACGCUGGUCAUUAAUACAAGCUAUAGAGGAUUUUACUUGCAGAGCCCCAAAUCUGACUCGCACAUUCCGGUUUUGUCCUACUCUGAGAUCUAUAUCGCAGCCCCCAGAAGCUCUCGUUAUCGAGGAAAACUCUGGUGCUGGUGUAACCGCGUUUUGGGAACGCGCUUACCAUAUACGAGUACGGUUGCAAGUGAAGAUUGAUCCAAAUCAGUUUUCCUCAAGAAGUGAUACUGUCAGCUCCCUUUCAAUUCUUCCGGGAAACAUCACUAGCGAGGCGAGUAGGGCAUCAAAGUAA